ACAAAGGUUAAAAAUUUGUUGUUAGUCUAAAGACAACGCCUCUUCUUCUUCUUUUCUCGCUUCUGGGUCUUCUUUGAGGUACCCUUUUCGCUCCCAAAUCGCCUCCGUUCUUGGUUGGAUUUCUCCGUUUCAGGCAUCGUUGCUCGGUCCUUCUCCCUGUUGAUCGUAGGGGACCUUGAUAAUACGAUGAAUUUGGGACUUUGGUGUUGAGAUUUGGGUUUGCUUCUGCUGUGAUCUUUGGUUGCUGUAUUUGAACGGGAUGAACUUGGCAUUUCAUGGGAGGUGUAGAUGACAAUGGACCCCCUCUAAAACGUGUUAAACCAGCCUCAACUGAAUUGGAUAACCACUCGAAUAAUUCUUUUCUUUCAGACCCUACAAUUCCUUUGGGAGGCUUGAUGGCUAAGCCAUUAGUAUCCCAUGGGAAAAACGACACCGUUGGUUCCAAGGGUAUCAUAAAGAGGGUGGAGUUUGUUAGGAUCAUUACAGAAGCUCUGUAUUCCCUUGGAUAUGCUAGAAGUGGAGCAAUUUUAGAAGAAGAAUCUGGAAUAUGUUUGCAUUCACCUGUGGUUAGUCUCUUCAAACAGCAGGUGCUUGAUGGAAACUGGGAUGGAAGUCUGGCCACAUUGCAUAAGAUUGGCCUUGCAGAUGAGAACCUUAUGAAGUCAGCUUCUUUCUUGAUCUUGGAGAAAAAAUUCCUUGAACUUGUGGAAAAUAAUAAGCUUGUGGACGCAUUGGAGACAUUGAGGAAUGAUAUCAGUCCACUUGGUAUUAACAAAAAGCGUGUUCAUGAGCUUUCUGGCUGUCUUGUUUAUCCUUCACAAUUUGCUUCAACGAGUUUUGCAAAUUCUGGGACUAAGGCUGAGAACCCCCGGCUGUCAUUGUUAGUGGAAUUGCAGAAAUUACUGCCCCCAACAGUUUUGAUACCAGAGAGGAGGUUGGAGAAUCUGGUUGAACAGGCUCUUAAUGUGCAAAAGGAAACUUGCUCUCUCCACAACUCUGUAGAAAAUUCCUUCUCCUUGUAUUCUGAUCAUCAUUGUGGAAAAGACCAGAUACCUUGUCAAACAACACAAAUAUUGCAGGAUCAUUGUGAUGAAGUCUGGUUUUUACAAUUCUCAAAUAAUGGAAAAUACUUAGCAUCAUCAUCUAGUGAUAAUUCUGCAAUUAUAUGGGAGGUUAGUGAAGCUGGGAAAGUGUCAUUGAAGCACAAAUUAAAUGGUCACAAGAAACCUGUCCUGAUGGUUGCCUGGAGCCCGGAUGAUCAGCAGCUCUUGUCAUGUGGAGUGGAAGAAGUAAUCUGCCGGUGGGAUGUUGGUUCUGGACAAUGCCUGCGUGUUUAUGAAAAAAGUGGUUUUGGGUUAAUAUCUUGUGGCUGGUUCCCAGAUGGAAAGCGUAUUUGUUCUGGUGUGACAGAUAAGAGCAUUUGCAUGUGGGAUUUGGAUGGGAAAGAAAUUGACUGUUGGAAAGGGCUACGGGCAACUAAGACCUCUGAUCUGGCCAUAUCAAGAAAUGGCAAAUGGAUUAUAAGCACCUGCAAAGAAAAAACAAUUCUAUUACAGGAUAGGGAUGCCAAUCUUGAAAAGUUUAUUCAGGAACAACAGACAAUUACUUCAUUUUGUCUAUCACGCGAUGACAAAUUUCUGCUGGUAAAUCUUAUUAACCAAGAAAUCCAUUUGUGGAGCAUUAUUGAUGGUCCAAAACUUAUUGCUAAGUACGAAGGUCACAAGCGCAGCCGUUUUCUGAUAAGAUCUUGUUUUGGGGGUUCUGAGCAGUCAUUCAUUGCCAGUGGAAGCGAAGAUUCACAGGUUUAUAUUUGGCAUCGAGAGACUGGGGAGCUGAUCUGGAAAUUACCCGGGCACGGUGGUGCAGUCAAUUGUGUAAGUUGGAACCCUGUGAAUCCUCAUAUGAUGGCAUCAGCUAGUGAUGACCAUACGAUCCGUAUAUGGGGUUUAGGCACAGUUAACAUCAAGCAGAAGAACAUUGUAAGCAAAGAUGUGGUUCACCAGUCCAAUGGACACUGUAAAUGACAGUGAAAACUGAAAAACUUAUUGUCACAAUCACUUUCUUACUUUCAUUGAUCAUUCUCAUUGACCAUGUACAUUCUUUUCAGUUCCUUUGGCAUUCAUAGCAGACAAGUCUGUAAAAACAUAUGGUUGCUAACAUGCCAAUAAACCCUCAGAUAGUCAUCGUUCUUUAUGAUGGUUUUUCUUCCUCA